AGUUUCUAUCAGUUGCUUCUUUUCCUUAUAUGGGUCACACUUUCUUGUUUUCUUUGCAUGUCUUAUAAUAUUUUGUUGAAUAAUGGACAUGUUAAAUAAUAUAAUAUGGCAACUCUGGAAAUAAGAUUCUUGCCUCCCCUCCCUGCAUUUGUAGUUGCUGUUUGUUUCUAUUGCUCUUUGUUUAUUUAUGGACUUGCCUAAACUAGCUCUUUGUUGUGUGUGGUCACUGAAGUUUCUACUUGGUUAGUUUAGUGAUCAGCUAAUAAUUGGACUGAGAUUUUCGUAAAUUCCUUGAACCAAUAAGUCUCCAGCUUACAGAGGGGCUCUUUGUGCAUUUUGGGGGUAUGUCUUCAAUGCUUUGCCAGGCAAUUGGCAAUCUUGCCUUAGCCUUCAUUUCCUUUUUGUGCAGAGCCCCAAGGUUAGCCAGAGGUGAGGUUAGGGCCUUUGAGGUCUUUCCUGAGUUUGCACACAGCCCUGUACAUGCAUAUGGCCUUCUAGAUUCUAGGAAUAUAUCAGAGCCUUACAUACCCCACGACGGAUAUCUCAAUCCCCCGUUUCUCCUUGUAAGUGUUUUGGUCACCUUCUUAUUUGCGCCAGCUGUUAUCACUGCCUCAGGGAACUCUAAGGCUAAACGACUGCCACUGGUUGUUUUCCAGAAAUACCCUGUGGAAAAAGCUGUUCACAGUGAGAGAACUCUAGGUCAGAAAAAGACAAGCCCUGUGAGUGGGGGUUUUUCCCAUGAAUUGAUUCUCCAGGGAGCUGCCAAACAGGGGGUGUUUGACCUCUGGGCCUGUUCCUGUAGACUGGCUUCACUCAUGGCAACUCCCAGAUGCCUGCCUCACCAUCAAGGAGGAAGGAGAGCUCUCUUCACUCAGCUCCAGCGCAAAAACUCCCAGGAGAGGGCUCUGCUGGGCCCAGCUAGAGCACAUGUCCUCCCUGUGGCCACAGAAGUAGACCUCAGCUUAAUGAUGUCUGCCUUAGAACAACAAAGAAGAGGGCCGGUAGAGGGUGACAGGGUUACUAUGCACUCCAGCAUGUGGCCCCGUCUGCAAGGACCUAAAUUAGCCAGAGAGUCACUCUCUCUCCUGCCAACCAGCUUCUUUAUGCAGAUGAGAAUGCGCCCCCUGGCAGUGCCCAGCUUGCGUCGUCUCAGCCUUCCUGCCAAGAAGCAAGAGGAUGCUAAAUGUUCAGUUACUCUCCUGCAAGCCACUCAACGGAGCUUGCUAUUCAUAGAAAGGAACACAGAAGCCCUGCUGUCCAUAGCACAUGGAGCGGUUCUAGUUUUCUGCUAUGAUGUGACUGGGUCACACCAGUGGACUUUUCCUAAAUAAUACAUCUGGCCCCUAAAUAAAACUUUGAAAGAAGGGAACACUUAGUUUUCUUUCUUCUGAACAGUUUAUGCAACACUACACCUGUACGAUUGAUGAGACACUUUGAAGUGAUGUAAGACCAGU